UUACCUUUCUUGAGAAGUAUAAGUGUUCAAUUCUUGAACAUUGUUGUUUCUUGCCUUUAAUUUAUCGUGGAAGGCAACUAGAACUCAAAAAUCUUCUUUUCAAUUAGACAAGUCUUCUAUCCUUGGAGAUACUAUACAGUACAUGAAAGAACUUCAAGAACAGGUAAAACUAUUUGAAGAGACAGAGAAAAACACCUGCGAAAAUAAUGAUUCCUCUACCUCCAAGGACCAAGUUGAAGGAUCAAAGAUUAAGGCAAGGAUUUUGGACAAAAGUGUACUUAUUAACAUCCAUUGCAGCAAACAAGAUGGAAUGGUGGGAAAAGUGUUAUUCCAAAUGGAGCAAUUGCAUCUUUCAGUCCAUGACAUUAGGAUCAUGCCUUUUGGUCAGACCAACCUUGAAAUAUCAAUUCUUGCUGAGAUGGAGAAUGGAUGUUGUAUAACUGUGGAGGAUAUUGUAAAGGACCUCCAAAUCAACCUUCUGGAGCAAGUUUAGCAUGAAUGAUCUCUCCUCCUGAUCUUCUCUAGGUUACCUUUUCCCUUGUUGCCCCUAGACCUCGUAAAUAAUAAAAAAAAGGCACGUUUUUAAUUACCUAUAUAUAUAAUUAAUUAAGAGGUCUUUUCGAGAUUGUGUGAUACAUGCCUCUACUUUAGUAUGCAUUUUUCUUUCUUGAAAUUACAUAUACUAGAGGAAAAUUAAUAUUUUUCCUGAGUUUGGAAUUCCUUUAA